AUGGGUAUGAAAGGUCAAUCACGGCCGCCGCCCGGCUCCGACAUGGAGGUCAAAACGAAGAACAAGUUGCGCCGGAAGAUGUUACACAUCAAGCGCAAGAGAGCCAAGGAUGCGGAGCGGCACGAGGAGCGCCAUGCUUUCAAGAGGGAGGAAGCCAAGAAUCCCAAGUUGAGAGAGGAACGCCUGCGUCGCAAUAUUCCCCUGACUCUCGAGCGAAAGCGUGUCUGGGAUGAAGCCGGUAGUGACGCUGAGGAGGAUGGCCUGGGACUGAGUGUCGAUAUUGAGCGCAUCAAGCGGGCCAAGAAGGAAGAAGAGGACGAAUUGAAUCGGCCACUGGAGGAGGGCGAGGACGAAAGUGAUGACGCAGAGUCCGAUAACGAGUCGGUCGACAGUAUGAUCGCAACGAGCGACGAGGAAGACGACGAGGACGAGAAGGACGACGACGAAGAAGGCUCAAGCCGUGGACGUAAAAAGUCCUCGCUACCCACUGCCACCGAACGCGCGACCAGUCCAUCACAAUCCACUCGCAGUACAAACCUGAGUCUCGCUCCUGAAGCGCUAGCCGCCAAAUUCCCCUCGCUCUUCUCAACCGAAACUCCUCCUGCCCCCAAGAUCCUCAUCACGACCGCUAUCAACUCCACCCUCCACAACGAAGCCGACAUCCUGACAGACCUGUUCCCGAACAGCGUGUAUAUCCGCCGCACAGCACACCGCUACUCGCACAAGUUUUCCAUCCGCGAGAUCUCCAAGUUCGCCGCGAACCGCAACUUCACUACCGUGGUUGUCCUGCAGGAGGACCAGAAGAAGCCCAGCGGCUUGAUCGUUGUGCAUCUCCCCAUUGGCCCGACUUUCCACUUCAGCAUCAGCAACUGGGUCGAUGGCAAACGGCUUCCCGGCCAUGGUCGCGCAACUGGUCACUGGCCCGAGUUGAUCCUGAACAACUUCCGCACACCGCUGGGUCUGCUCACUGCCCGCAUGUUCCAGCAGUGCUUCCCUCCGCAGCCAGAUUUUGAGGGUCGGCAGGUUGUCACAUUGCACAACCAGCGUGAUUACAUCUUCGUGCGCCGCCACCGAUAUGUCUUCCGUGAGAAGCGCGAGACAGAGAAGGCGGUUGUUGGUGCCGAUGGCAAGGAGAUGGAGGGUGCUGAGGGCAUUCGAACUGGUCUGCAAGAGCUCGGUCCGCAGUUUACCUUGAAGCUGCGCCGUGUGGAUAAGGGCAUUCAACGAACCAGUGGGCAAGAGUGGGAAUGGAAGGGUGGGAUGGAGAAGGAGCGGACCAAGUUCCAGCUGUAA